UUAUUUAUAAGUAAAAUGAUUAUGUAACUUGUUAGAUGAAAGGUUUGAUACAUGACAUACAAUUUUUACGUCAUUUGCAUAUUUUGAUUGUUGACUACAAUGUUAUUUACGUCAUUUGUAAACAUGACUUGAAGAAUGCUCGAGUAUUAAGACGGAUAUAAGUAAUCUUGACUUGGAUAUAAAGCAUGUCAUGCUCAUUGAUUGACUUUUUGGAUUAGUGUGUGGUUUAAAUCUUUGUUUGCUAGUUACCUUUUUUUUACAUUGUUUCAGAGCGUCUUGUCUAAAACAUAUGCUUGAAGACAACUUAGUUGACGUUCCUUCUUUACGACUGGAAUGAAUGAUCAUGCUUUAGCUGAGAUGAUUGUUUGACAUUAAACAAUUAUGUGUGAUUUUCAUUACAUAAUAAUCCAUAACUGUUUGAUGGAAUAACCUCUUUGUUUACUGUGGUUGUCAACCUGACAAUGCCUGCCUAGAAGUUGUACUUGAUUGUGUUUAAUGCUGAUGAGUAGUUCAAUAGCUAGCAUUAUUAAUUAAACAAUUGCCUCAUCAAACAAUUACUCGUCAAUUACAACAAAUAGUUUCCAUGCGUCCUACAUUUGCAUUUGCGUAUGCGUGAGAGGAAUUUUAUUUAUCUCCAUAGUAUAAUUCAACAAUUGCAUGAAUGGUCAUUGCCAUUCUUCAGUCAGGUGGUUUAUGGUAGACAUAGGGAGGUGUUGUUAUAAUUCUAGUUAAUGGAUCAAGACUUGGUCCUGAGUACUCACUUUUGAUCCUCGAACCUAACCAGUGUAUGAAACCAGUUUGAGUUCAAAGUAUGAUAGCAUUUAUCUUUUAUAUUGGACCAUUUUUUCCAUAAUUUCAUGCUGUUCAACAAUGCUAAGACUUGGCAACAUACUGUGUAGUCCACGAUCAUAAGAUCUAUUUGAAGUCACCAUCAUGGAUUGGUGUUCAAUAGCAUUUUCAUUCUUUAUUCAGAAUGAGCUAGCUUCUAACUGUUGUCUUAUGGUUGGUAUAAAUACGUGCUAGACUGUUGAUACUUAAGCAUGAAUUGUUGCUUUGCUUUCUAAUUAUUACUUGAAUUUGAUAUAAUAUCUAAAGGUUAACGUAGUCAACACUGAGCACGUGGUACUCAUUCUUCCAUCUGCUUACACUAGUUUGCAUGAAUAUUUCCUUUGUUGUUCAAUAUGCAAUAUUGCCUUAAUGCACAUGUUUCCUUAAUUAUGAAAAUAAAGAUAUGCACGAUUUUAGGCACUAACAGUAUCCAAAUUAUCAAGAGCUUAUCUCACAUUAUUAUGGAAGAGAAAUGUCAGAUUUGCAGCCUAAACAAAAGCUAGAGGCGGCAAUUAACUCGACUUUUAUGCUUGGAUUUAUAUACAACUUUGUUGAUUUUUAUUGACUUAUAGUCUGAGUCAACCUUAUGUACAGCCAUUUUUAUGCUAUAUCUUCUGGUGAAGGAAGGCUGGUUUUUGCGCAUUGCUUCUAUCUUCAGAUUCUUUUAUACAAGGGAUGUUGUUUAUAUGGAAUGGCCAACUUCUGCCUUGAGCUAAAUGCUAUAUGCUUAAUCUUGAGUACAAUGUACUGGAGGAUAGUCUAAGUGAUCUUGUGGCGGAAAGAAAACCUGGGGCUCCUAAGUUGUUGGAUUCUGACAAAUCUCCUCCUGCAAAGAAAUCUCGCGGUGAAAAGGUUUGUGAAAACUCCAUUGCUGCUUCAAGUUCAACAGAGGUCAUGGAUGAGCAGAUCUGGAAAGACUUCCCUGAAGAUCUCAUUGAAGCUGUUAUUGCACGACUUCCUAUAGCCACGUUCUUUCAAUUCCGGUCUGUGUGCCGGAAAUGGAACUCUUUACUAACCUCCCCCAGCUUCUCUGAGCAAUGUGCGGAUGUUCCAAGAGUAAAUCCUUGGUUCUUUACCAAUCACAGGCAUGUGUUCACUGGAGCUAUUUAUGAUCCUUCUCUAAAGAAAUGGCACCACCCUGUUUUCCAAUUUCUACCUGUGAGGAUGGCAACACUUCCUGUGGCUUCAGCUGGCGGUCUCAUCUGUUUAUGGGAUGUUAAUCAACUGAAUUUCUACGUUUGCAAUCCACUUACUCUUUCUUUCAAGGGAAUACCUCCAUGUUCAGACAGAGGCUUGGCACCUGCUGCUGUUGGGAUGGUUUUGAAUGGUCGCACUACUAGCAGUGGUUACAAAUUGAUUUGGUUGGAUUGCAAUGGGGAUCAUCAGGUCUAUGAUUCGCUACAGAACACUUGGACCUGUCCGGGAGUUGUUCCUCCAAGCAUCAAACACCAACUCUCUUUAGACUUAAGAUCACAAACUGUGUCCAUUGGCAGCACACUUUACUUCAUGUGUGCCAACCCAGAUAGCGUUGUGUCUUAUGACGCAGUCAGUGGUGCUUGGAAGCGGUUUGUAAUUCCAUCACCAAAGCAUCUAACUGACCGCACACUAGCUGAGUGUGGUGGACAGUUGCUGCUUGUUGGGCUGCUCUCCAAUAAUGCUGCCACUUGCGUCUAUGUGUGGGAGUUGCAGAAGAUGACUCUUUUGUGGAAGGAGGUUGACAGAAUGCCAAACAUCUGGUGCUUAGAAUUUUAUGGAAAGCACGUUACGAUGACAUGCCUGGGCAACCGAGGUUUGCUCAUGCUAUCCCUGAGGUCAAAGCGGAUGAACCGUCUAGUUACCUUUGAUGUGUCCAAGAGGGAUUGGCAGAGGGUACCGGACUGCUCAUUUCAUCAUGAGAAGAUGAGGUUUUGGGAUUCAAUCGGCACAGCAUUUUUUCCAUGCCCCACUGCUCUGCCCUGAUUGUUCCCUCUUUAGCUGUGCAUUACGCCGAAAGAAACUUGCAGCUGGAGGGAAAAGGAUCUGAAGUUUUAACCUUCAGCAUGGGCUUACCCUUUUGUCUACUCAUAUCACAAAAUGGUGGUCUAUGUUCUAAGUUCAAACAUUUUGUUCUUCUUGAAAAGGCCUCAAAAGUAGGAAUUGGUGGAAAUAUAGUGGAUGUUUUGGAUAUCUUCUUUAAUUGUGUAGGUGGUUUAUUUUAUCACAUGUGUUGUAACCAGUGUUGCCUGCUUGGUGUGGUUCUUGUGACUGAUUGAGUUUUUUAUCCAUUAACCAAAAAAUGCUACUCGGCUAAUUGCAUCCUCAAGAUGGGGAAACUGAUUGAUGAAUUACAAUAUGAUUUCUGUGUUUUGUGAUA